GUUUGGCAGUUUUUGGAAGAGGUAGCAGAGCGCGUGGCGAGUUUAAGCUUCAUAGCAGUGAGGGAGGGCGCGCGCAGUGGAUAGAGCCUGUUAUUUCACCUUAUUUUACCCGACAUGGACAAUUUUGGAUGACGGUGCCCCGCGGCCAGCGCCCCGCGAUGCCCCGCCCCGUGGACUUGUGUAUAGCCUAACUUAUUGAGGAUGGAUAACCUGUCGGGGCUGUUCGGCGAUGGCGACCUGGGCGACCUGGACCUGGCGGGGGACUCCUUCGGCGCGCCCCCCGGCCCCGCGCCGCCACCCAACGCCGCCCCCACCGCCGACAUGGAGCUGGCCCAAGGCACCUUCCCGCAGCCACCCUUCGGCACCGCGGGGCCGCCGCAGCAGCCGUCGCAGGGCCCUGCCCACAAGCUGGCCAUGGGCGGCGGCCAGGCCCUCUACCCCGGCCCGGGCGGCGGCGGGGGCUAUCAGUACCCCGGCGCCCCCGGCCAGCAGCAGCCGCAGCAGCAGCAGCAACAACAGCAGCAGCAGCCGCAGCCGCCCAUCAACCAGUACCAGGGGGGCCAGUACCCUGGGGCGUUCCCUGGGGCGGGGCAGCAGGACCUGUACGGCCAGCGGCCCCUGCAGCCCGGCCAGGGCGUGCCGGGCUGGGGCGGUCCCCAGCCUGACCCAUAUGGCCAGAUGCCCGCCCCCUCCUACCAGCACCCCGGCUACACCCAGACGGGCCCCCUGCCGCCCUACCAGGGACCGGGCGUCCCCGGGGGCGGCAUGGGCGGCUCUAUGCAACAAAACAUUCCACAGAACUACCAGGGCCUGCCACCUCAGAGCCUGGCCCAGGGGUAUCCCCCCGCCUCCCAGGCCAUGGCCUACCAGGCAGCCCCCAGGCCCUCCUUCCCCGGGUACGACCCACAGCGACCAAUGGCUUCCAACUCCCCCAGCAUGAACCCCUUCCCCGGGGGUCCCCCCACCGCGCCGGGCCAGCCCCAGCAGUACCCCAUGAGGCAGCCCUUCCAGCCCGCGCACCAGCAGUAUCCUCAGGGACAAGUUCCUAUGGCCCCGCAGCAGCAGCAGCAGCAGCAACAGCAACAGCAACAACAGCAACAGCAACAACAACAGCAGCAGCAGCAGCAGCAGUCACUGAUGGGCGGCGGGCGCGCCCCUGGUGAGCUGAGCCCGUACGCUGGUUCUCAGCUGCCCAACGGCACGCCCACGUAUAGGACGCCCUUCCCGCAGGCGUCGCCGCAGCUGUCCCCGCACCCUCAGGCGUCGCCGCGGCCCCAGAUGUCCCCCAUGCCCCGUAGCAUGUCCCCGCACACCAGACCCAACUCCACCCUGGGCGUGGCCACCCCUGUGUCCUCACCCGCCGCCUUGCCGCCCUCGUCCAGCGCGUCCCCGGCGCCCGCGCUGGGCGGCGGCCAGGCCACCAGCCUGCAGCAGCUGGAGAACAUGGUGAAGCCAGGCCGCAACACGCCCACCUCGCAGCGCUGCACCACGCCCACCCAGCCACUCCAUUCCCCAGGACACUACGCUGGCUCCUCGGGCGUACCCAGCCCCAUGGCCACCAGGGCGCCCAUGUCCCCAGGCAUGGGCGCGCGGCCCCCCAUGGCCACCCCCAUGAGCCCCGGCAUGGGCAGCAGGCCGCCUAUGUCCCCAGGCCUGGGCCCCGGGGCUGCCAGGCCGCCCAUGUCCCCUGGGGUGGCGCGGCCGCCCAUGUCCCCCGGGGUGGGACCUGGCGCGGGGCGGCCGCCCAUGUCCCCGCAACAGUGGCAGCAGCAGGCGCGCUCCCUGGGGCAGCAGCAGCAGCAGCAGCAGGGGUACGUGCAGGGCGGCAGCUACAUGGCGGGCGGCCUGGGCGGGCAGCGAGCGGGGCUGCCCCUCAGCCAGCAUUCACCCCUACCCUCCUCCCAGGGGCCCGACGCGGCCCUGCCUGACAGUAUUGGUAGCGUUAGUGACGGUAAUGUGACUCCUAGCACCCCCAGUGUAUCCACCGCCGCCACCACGGACCCUCCCGCCGCGGGCGUGGCAGCCGUGGCGGCGGCGGCCGCGGCCACGGCCACGGGCGUGGAGUGCGUGCAAGUGCAGGCCUCUACGGGGCCCACCACCACGCCCACAGCCUCGCCCGCGCCACGCGGCGCCCACCUGCCAGCGCCCACCAACGUGCCUACCACCUCCAGCCUGGCCCUGGCCCAGAACGGCAUGAUGCCCGGGCACGCCCCCAACGGUAUGCCCCCGGGCCCACUCACGCCCAACGGCAUGCCCCAGGCCUCGGGGGCCCUCUCCCCCAUGGCCCCACACGGCGCCGCGCACCCCCAGGGACCCCAGGGUGGCCCGGGACCCCAGGGCAUGAUGAGGUACGCGGGGCCACACGGACCGUGCGGGCCGUACCCUCAGCAGACCAUGGGCCAGCCCACUUACCGCAUGAUGGCCCCCGCCCACUAUGGCCCCCAUGGGCCCCAGCACGGCGCGCCGGGCCAGAUGGCCACCAUGCACCCCGCCACCUCCAGCCCCAUGCAGCAGCAGCAGCAGCAGGGCGCGCGUCCCCCCGGCGUGGUGGGGCAGCUGCCGGGCGGCGGGACGGGACAGAUGCCGGGCGGCGUGGCGGGCCAGAUGAAGCCCUCGGGGCCGGGCCAGCUGCAGCACGCCCCGGGACAGCUGGGCCUCGCCGGCGCGGGACAGAUGGCACAGGCCGGACCGGGCCAGAUGGCUCACGCGACGCCCGGCCAGAUGGCGCAUGGCGGACCCGGAUCCGGCCCAGGCCCAGGUCCUGGUCCAGGUCCAGGUCCAGGUCCAGGCACAGGCCCAGGCCCCGUCCCGGGCCAGCUGCCUCAUCCUGGCCAGGCCAGCUGCCCCACGGCGCGCCGGGCAGCAUGCAGCACGGUGCGUCCCAGAUGGCCUUCAGCGGCGCCACCCCCGGCCAGCUGGCCGCGGGCACGCCUGGCCAGCUGGUGCAGCACCCGCCCGGCCACCUCCCCGGCCCACACCUCGCCCCGGGCCAGCACCCUGCUGGACCCCAGGGUCCCAUGUCCGCCAUCCCCCCGCCCUGGCAUGAUGCCCCAGGCCGCCAUGGGCCCCGGAAUGGGAGGCGCGGGGCCCAUGGGCAUGGGCGGUCCGGCGGGCCUGGCGCCCCACGCCAUGCAGCAGCAGAUGAACCUCACCUUCGAGAUUCAGCAGUGCCAACAACAGCUGCAGCAGAUGUACAAGAUGCCACACUCCUUGCAGACACAGACCAAGAUACAAGAAGUACAACAGCGACUCACCCAACUACAACAACAACACCAGCAGCAACAGCAACAGCAACAGCAACAACAGCAGCAGCAACAACAACAGCAGCAACAGCAGCAGCAGCAACAGCAGCAACAACAACAGCAACAACAACAACAACAACAACAACAGCAACAGCAACAACAACAACAACAACAACAACAGCAACACCACCAUCACCAACAACAACAACAACAACAACAACAACAACAGCAGCAGCAGCAACAACAACAACAACAACAACAACAACAACAGCAUCAUCAUCAUCACCAUCAGCAUCCACAGCCCCCGCCACAGCAGCAGCAGCAGCAGCAACCACCACCACCACCACCACCACCACAGCAACCACCACAACCACAGUUACUACACCACCACCAACACAUCCACCAAAACCAACCUGGAAUAAUUCCACAGCACCUCCUCGGGCCAAACAGCGCGGCUCCCGGCCUGGUGGUGGGGGGCGAGGAGGAGCAGGGCGGGGGCAAGAAGAAGCGGUCCCACAAAGCCAAGACACCCAAACCGCCCAAGCCACCGAAGGAACCGAAGGAACCCAAGCCCAAGAAAGCCAAGAAAGCCAAGGAACCCAAGGAAAAGCCACCCAAGAGGGGGAGUUCCGUGCCCAAGAAACCUCGAGGAAAGAAGACGUCCCCACUCACCUCUCCCGAUGGCACCCUGCUCCCUGUGGACACUGGCACUGGGGCUCCUCCCGCGGCACUUAUGGACCCUAGUGUGGCCCCUCCAGGCACGCCCCUCGACCCCACCAAGGUUGACCCAGCGACAGGUCUUCCCCUUGCUGCAGUGCCCUCUAUACCAGUCACUGUUGCCAAUGCUAAGGUCAAGGCAGAGAAGAAGCCUAAAGUCAAGAGCUCCACUUCUAGAAGAAAGCCCUCUGCAAAACUCCUACUGAACCUCAAACGGAAGCGGAAGAGACGCGGAUCGGAGUCGGACUUCUCGGAGAGUGAAGGCGGAGGGAACGCGGGGAAGGAGGAAGACGACAGCAAUAAACGACGCUCAGGCCGAAACACGCUUAGGAAAAAAUACGUCGACGAGCUGGAUUUGAACCUCUCCGACGACGAUUCCCUGCUGAUAAAGAACGCAGAGGGUCAGGGCUUGGUGGAGGUCACUGCAGCCUACACGGGUCAGCCUGGGGUCGUGGAAGAAGGGGAGGUCAAUCUUGUCAAGCCGAAUUUUGCCUAUGUGGAUCCCAAUAAUGAGGAUGCGAUGGUGGUGCAGUGCAUUCUGGGUAUGAGGAUGGGCGUCAGGGAGAUAGAGAGUGAGUCGGAGGAGGAGAAGGAGGAGGAGAAGCCAAAGGAAGAGGUGAAGGAAGAGGAGAAGAAGGAGGAAGAAGAGAAGAAGAGGAGCCACAAGAGGAGGUGAAGAAAGAAGA